AUGGGUUCAAUCAAAGCUCAGAACACCAUACGCAUCGUUUCCCUCGUGGCAGCAACUGCAGCAUCACUUGCAAGCGGGACAAACUAUGCAUAUUCAGCAUGGGAGCCUCAGCUUGCUGAGCGUUUGAAGCUCUCCGCCACCGAAGGUGAGCUUAUCGGGACAUUUGGGAACUUGGGCAUGUACAUCACGGGAAUACCGUUUGGAAUACUUGUGGACCAGAAAGGACCAAGAGCAGCUGCUUUGAUAGGUGCCCUUUGUCUCGCCGCAGGAUACUUCCCAAUCCAUCAAGCAUAUGACAGAGGGAUGGACGGGAUGAGCACCUCGUUGUUGUGCUUCUUCUCGUUUUUGACUGGUAUGGGCAGCUGCAGCUCUUUCCAGGCGUCUCUGAAAACUGCUGCAUUGAACUGGCCACAACAUCGUGGGACAGCAACAGCUUUCCCAGUCGCAGCGUUCGGUCUCAGCGCAUUCUUCUUCUCAACGAUCUCCAGCAUAGUGUUCCCUGAUAACACUUCCGGUUUCCUGCUACUCUUAGCGAUCGGCACGUCCGCUAUUGUCUUCGGUUCUAUCUUCUUUCUACACAUCGUACCUGCGCACUCUCCGUAUACAGCAAUACCUAGUAGUGAUGGGGGACGAAGGGUAGACUCUACCGAGCUAUAUCGCACUCACUCUACUUCAUCCAGCCGAUCGACCCAGCCCGUGCUAAAUGAACCAGGUAAGAGACCCUCCGUCCCACAUCGUGCAGAUACAGAUGAAGAUGACGAUAUCGCUUCCGUAGCCUCGAUCCCGGACGACGCCGUCCAGAAUAUGAGGAGCAAAUGCUCACGUUGGGUAGAUAUGUCGGGACUUGCCCUUCUAUUGAAGCAAGAAUUCUGGCAACUUUGGUUACAAAUGGGUCUACUAUCUGGUAUAGGCCUCAUGACCAUCAACAAUAUUGGCAACAAUACUCAAGCCCUUUGGAGGCACUUUGAUACUUCAGUACCUGAGGCCACCAUUAUGAAUCAGCAGUCGUUCCAUGUUUCGGUGUUAUCGUUCAUGUCAUUCACAGGGCGUCUUUUGUCCGGCGUCAGCUCAGACAUACUCGUUAAGAGACUGCAUGCAAGUCGGUUCUGGUGUGCUACUGCCGCUGGAACUAUUUUUGCCCUCGCACAGGUCGCAGCAAUGAACAUCGAAAACCCGCACAAGCUGUGGAUAGUAUCCAGUCUUACUGGACUGGCAUACGGCUUCUUAUUUGGAGUCAUGCCUGCCCUAGUGGUGGAUUCUUUCGGUGGGAGUAAUUUGUCAGUGAAUUGGGGUUUCAUCACUUUGGCGCCGAUUGUAUCCGGGAAUAUCUUCAAUCUAUUCUACGGAGUAAUCUAUGACCAUCACUCGACCGUCGCGGCGGGUGGCGAGCGUGAGUGUGGAGAUGGUCUAGCAUGCUUCAAGAAAGCUUACAUAUUGACAUUCUUUGCGAGCAUAGCGGGCAUAGCGGUUUCCUGGUGGGGUGUGAGGCAUCAGCGUACCGUGCAGCAACGGCUAGAAAAAGAGAGACAGGAUGACCACCGCGGAGCAUAG